UUGAAGCAAUAUGUUGUUUUAUCCUUCCCCUGCUUGCCUAUCCUGGCCAGGGGGAGACAUAGCCAGGGAAUUUGGUGGUUAGGAAAAUACCAGUCCUAGGUUUUAUUACAUUGAAAUAUUGUGCCUCCGACUUCUGAAACAUCCAGCAUUUGCAACAGCGCUGCGUGCAGUUCAGGGGACAAUGAGUGUUUUGCACACAGAUUCCCCAAAUCGCACCUGUGUUGGUUCUGUAGCUUCUGAGGCUGGAGGACCCCUCACCUCCCCGGAGUCUCAGAGACAGCCCGGGAUCUCUCAUUCAUCGAAGAACAGAUCACUCCUGCGUUCUUCACUCCAGCCCGUUGCAAAUUCAGGCAACACACAGCAAUUAAAUGUCGGCUGAUGGCUCUCAAACGGAUGGGAAUUGUUACAGAUUAUGAGAAAAUUCGGGAGUUUGCAGUGGCAGUUGUGGGUGUCGGUGGGGUUGGAAGUGUGACAGCUGAAAUGUUGACAAGAUGUGGCAUUGGUAAGCUUUUACUCUUUGACUAUGACAAGGUCGAACUGGCAAAUAUGAACCGACUUUUCUUUCAGCCUCACCAAGCCGGCCUCAGUAAAGUGGAAGCAGCUAAACACACACUGAGGAACAUUAACCCUGAUGUUCAGUUUGAAACACACAACUACAAUGUCACUACGAUGGACAACUUUCAGCAUUUUAUGGAUCGCAUCAGGAACGGUGGGUUGCAGGAAGGAAAGCCUGUGGACUUGAUACUGAGCUGUGUGGACAACUUUGAAGCCCGUAUGGCAAUCAACACAGCGUGCAAUGAACUUGCUCAGGUGUGGAUGGAGUCCGGGGUCAGUGAGAACGCAGUGUCUGGGCACAUCCAGUUCCUUAUCCCGGGAGAGACGGCCUGUUUUGCAUGUGCCCCCCCACUCGUGGUGGCUGCGAAUGUUGAUGAAAAAACGCUGAAACGUGAAGGGGUGUGCGCGGCCAGUCUACCCACGACCAUGGGCGUCGUAGCUGGACUGCUUGUACAAAAUGUCCUGAAGUAUCUUUUAGGCUUUGGUUCUGUGAGUUACUACUUGGGUUAUAACGCAAUGCAAGACUUCUUUCCGACAAUGGCAAUGAGACCAAAUCCUAACUGCGAUGAUCAAAGCUGCCGGCUCCGACAGGAAGAGUAUAAGAAGAAAGAAGCAACACUUCCAAAGCAACAAUUACUAGAAGAGGAUGAAGAGAUUGUACAUGAGGAGAACAACUGGGGGAUCGAGCUAGUUUCUGAGAUAUCAGAGGAAGAACUGAAAGCUGCGUCUGGCCCUGUGCCUGACCUUCCCGUGGGAAUCACAGUCGCAUACACUGUGCCUGAUAAGCAGGAGGAGGGCACCGAUAAUAUUGGGGAGAUGGUGCAAGAGACGGAGCAGAGUCUGGAGGAGCUCAUGGCUGCAAUGAAAUGCCUUUAACAUCUUCAAUGCAAUCAAGUUCUUCCAUAUGAUGGAAAUGAUUCAGACCUUUUUCAACAUGAAGACUGUAGUGGUGAUGGCCAUGCCUCUGAGCCAGGAGUCCUGGAUUCAAGACCCACCUGCUCCAGAGACACGUGUAAUAACAUUUCUCACCAACCUGUUCAGAAGAUAUCUAACACAAAGACCUUGUUUCACACAGCUGACUCAUGCAAGUCACUCAUCGGUUGCAGUAAAACAUGGUGGUUCCAUUAUAUUUAAUUUUUUAACUGAGCCAUUAUGCAUUGUCAUCUCUUUGUACUCCUCCAGAGCUACUGUGUGAAAAUGAAUGACUGUAUAUAAUUAAACAAUACAAACCUAA